ACCUAGUCCAUUCUCACGGAUGUUGUUGUGUGACACGUACGACGAGUACAUGUACAUGUACAACUGUACAUGUAUGUGAAGGUGUUUGAGUUCCGUUUUCGUCAGAAACCCGACAUAAUUUGAUUUAAUUUAGGCACAAGAUUGACUUCGUUGUGCUCACAAGAAGACGUCAUUUUACUGAUCAACAAAAGUUGGUUUAUCACUGGUGAAAAAUGAGUACUCGAGGAGCGAUUCGAGACUGCACUGGGAUCUCCGCAAGUCCAGCGUGUUCUGCAGAGAGCUCCCCGGGUUUAUCUCGUCGGUUGAACCCCGCCUUUGGACAAGUACGGCCGCUGGCUUUGGCUGCUGCAGCACCGAUCAGAACAGGGGGAAAAUCAACUCACCCUGGAAAGGCUAUAUUGGCAGGUGGCAUCGCAGGAGGCAUUGAGAUCUGCAUCACAUUCCCCACAGAGUAUGUCAAGACCCAACUGCAACUAGACGAGCGGUCGGCCAAACCCUUGUACCGCGGUCCCAUCCAUUGUGUCAAGUACACCGUACAAAAUCAUGGGUUCUUUGGUCUGUACAGGGGGCUCAGCCCACUGCUGUAUGGCUCAAUACCAAAGGCUGCCAUUAGGUUUGGUGCUAAUGAAUUCUUCAAGAACCAAUGGAGGAGUCGACACAAUGGAGCUCUGAGCAAAACUGGCAGUCUGAUGUGUGGUCUUGGGGCUGGGGUGAGCGAAGCCAUUCUUGCCGUCACGCCAAUGGAGACCAUCAAGGUGAAAUUCAUCAACGACCAGACCUCACCAAAACCAAAGUUCAGAGGAUUCUUCCAUGGGCUGAGGGAAAUUGUCAAAGAACAAGGUCUACGCGGUACCUACCAGGGCCUUACAGCCACCAUUAUGAAGCAAGGCAGUAACCAGGCCAUCCGUUUCUUUGUCAUGGACUCGCUGCGUGAAUGGUACCGCGGCGGGGACCCCAACAAGUACAUCAACCCCUUCAUUACGGCAUUGUUUGGUGGUUUGGCAGGAGCGGCCAGCGUGUUCGGGAACACGCCACUGGAUGUUGUCAAGACGAGGAUGCAGGGUCUUGAGGCACACAAGUACAAGAACACUUGGGACUGUGCAGUCAAGAUAUGGAAAUAUGAAGGACCCAAGGCCUUUUACAAAGGCACUGUUCCCAGGCUGUCCCGAGUGUGUUUGGACGUCGCCCUGGUCUUUGUCAUCUAUGAUGAGAUUGUGAAGGUUCUGAACAAAGCCUGGCCCACAAACUGAUCCUUAUAUAUUUAAUGGUCUCUGCAGUGUCAUUCUGUUUGGCCGUCAAAUCGUCAAAAUUAUUUCUCCACACAAUACCAGCAGACAGGAAUUCCAUCUUGGACUUCAGUGUGCUGGUUCUGUAUAUCAAAAAAGCAAGGUUAUAUGAGAACAAGGAAAGCUUGCAAGACAUUAGGGCAACCCCACCAUGCAUUUUACUUUCCCUAGUGACCUUGAACAUGCUGCAUUUUAGACAUGUUCUGUUGGAAUACCGAGCCGGCUCAUUUGGGCUACAGAUGAUUUCCUUUAAAAGCAGCAUUCAGCUAAAUGUGACCUGCUCUUUGAACAUUAUCCUGAAAUGCUGUUGUGGUCAAGACCAUCACCAGAGUGGACAGUGGUAAAGGAAUGCUUUCGUCAUGGUUCAUAGUUGACUUGAAUUCAGACGGGAGAUCUUGUGAUGGUCUUGAAAGGUCUUUUGCUCAUCUUAAAGAGGUCUCCACUGCAACACUGCCCUUACUGUUGCUAGCUCUUUGUAAUUAGCAAAUCAAGCUUGUAAGUCAGAUUAUUUAUGAUUAGUUUUUGCUGUUCUAAUUCAUGGGAACAUCCCUAGCUUUGACAAGUCAGACUUAUUGGAGUUGUGAUAUCCAUGCCACUUCCAGAAUUUCCUUUUUUUCAUAUUUUUGAACAAGACACUAGGCCAGAAAAAGUUUAAGUUUGAGACAUUCCAGACACAGUUGGUGCUUUUUCAGUGAAUCAGCUCACGCAUGUGGCUUUGUAUCAAAUAAACCAUAUCUACAGAGCAGGUGGCAUGUACAUGUGGUCUCGUGAUCAGGAAGAAAAUUAUGGUUAGGAUCAAUCAGUAACCACUUUUCAACCUCUAGCCAAUUUUGCGUGGUAACGUAUGCACAAAAUGUGUCCUGGGUACCAGGCAGGACCAACCAGCGGCUGAUCAGUGGUUACUAAUUGGACCUGACCAGAUGUGAAUUCCAGUUAUUGUGCAAUUGGAGUAGCGCCCUCUGUUGUUGUAGGUUUAUAGCAAGUGUUCAGUGUCUGUAGAGAUAAUUGAUUGGAACAACCACUGCUGCUGAUUUGCAGAGCAAGCCCAUCUGGACUUUGUACAAACGUGAUGUUAAUUCCCUCAAGCAUGCAUUUUCAUGUUUGGUUCUGUUGUGGUUAAAGAUUCACCAAUGCAGAGCUUGACUGUUUACUACAUUCACAUAGUGUCCACUGCCUGGUGUGUUUUGUGUGUGUGAAAAUGAAAGAGAAAUUACUUCACCAACAGGAAGAUGCAGUAGAUCAUGUGAGGUUGGGAAUACAUGUACUUUCGGAGUUGGAGAUCAACCAAUUCCAGUAUACCAAAGCACUGUAAUCUGAUCAACGAAUUGUAUGCUCUUACUCAGUACUGGGAUCCUGUAGAAAUGUGAAUUAGGCCAUGUCUGUAACAGGCUUCCAGAGCUACGGCUAGGUCUAUUGUCUGCGGGUCUCUGUAUACUUCCAAUGGAGUAAAGACCUAGACCUAGCUCUAGACAAGAGAUUCAGAUUCAGCCUCAGAGUGUAUAUUAGACCCCCCCAAAAAAUGAAUGAAUUUGCAUUAUCUUCUUCUUGCAGUUUGGUGAAGAUUUAGAAAAAACACUUCUUGGUCUUCCAAAUUCGAAAUGUAUUUUGUAGGGUUAGGUGGGUGGAGUGGUUGAAAUGAACAUUUUUAUUAUAUGAAAUUAAAUUUCAAAUUUUCAGUUUGAGUGUCAAAACCCUUAAACACAUACAAUUCAGAAUGCAUUGUGGUAGAUGAACUCCUGUUUGUUGUUGGAAAAAAUAUUUGUAAUGAGUUAAUGUGAUAUUUUUAAGAAUGCUUAUUGUUCAGAAUGAAAAGAUGUUAUGAAAGUAAUUGUUAGAGAUGUACAUAAACUGAAUUGCUACACACCAGUGACUGUUGAGGAGUCUAAUUUGAGAGUGCGAGUUUGAGGAGCCAGUUCUGCAGUACUAGGAUUUGUGCUAACCAUGAUUUCUCCUGCAUAACAGCAGCUAAUCCAGCCAUUCACACACCAAAUGACUAUCCCAUUGUGGGAGCUGCCAUUUUUAUUUUUGGGGGGUGGCGCUAUUGCCCUGCAAUAAAUUUUACAAUUACGAAACUGCUGGGCCACUGUUACAAAUUCUGUGUCCAAAGUUAAAUGCUAAUGAGCUAGAUACAGACACACACAACAAAUCCCUCAAAAGUAAGAGAGGAUCUAUCAAAGCUGAUCUAUUUAAACUGAGCACGCCCAUGUGAUGACCACUCCAUACAUUAAUUAGUGGUGCAUACUCUGUAACAUACAUGCAAAAAUGUGUACGUUUACUUCCAUGCAAUGCAUAAGCCCAUUGUUUUUGAGCAAAAGCGUCAUGUGUUGUUCAGGACUCUCAUAGUGAAAUAAAUGAAAUUGGGCCCAGGAAAGUGUGUAAACAGUUAAAUGCAAUACACAUGGGUGGUCAUUUCACUGUUGAGUACAGUUUGCUUGAAUUCCAAGAGAUUUUCUUUUUAACCUUUGAAAUAUUUGAAAUGUUAUUAACAGUCGGUCAUAGAUUCCUCUGAAAUGCUGCAUGGCAUUGAAGUUGAACAGAUAAAAACAGAUUUAUUAUUUCUUUGUUAGAAUUAAUAAUCGUAAAUACUGUAUAAUGUACUUUUUGCGCACAAAAUAUUAGGAAUGUAAUUUUAGUAUUCAACUCAAUAAUUAUUCUUUACCUCAAAGUUAAAACCAGAUUUUCUUAAAUCAAAUUUAUUAUUUGGACUGAAAUUCAAUAUGUUGCAUUACUUGAAUUACAUGUACAUGUACAUGAAUGUACACUUGUAGGCUAAUCAAUAUGACUUAAACAUAACUACCGGUACUUGUAAGCAGUUUAUUGGUUGUGCUAACAAUUGGCUGAAACAAGUAGUUCAGUGUUCUUUACAGAAGUGAAAUCCCAGCAAUAAAUUUCAUUUUGACAUGAAUGCACAAAUUAUA